AUGGAGACUGUGGUGCAGGACCGCACUCCCCUCGCCGACUAUCUAAUCGCUAACUCGCGUGAGAUCCCCAAGAACUCCUCACUACGAAAGCUCAGGACCAAGUACUCAGCUGCCGUCACCUCCCGGAUCGAUCAAGCCGAUAACUCCAAGUUCCUCGAGCGCUUCCGAUACAUCAUCGUCGCCUCCCAGCUUCUGACUGGCCACGUCGGCCUUGGCCAGAACGCCUACCCUGUGCACGAUCCCGACGUCGGGACGCCCUCCAAGUCACCAGGCCAGGAGCUUCCUCCAGCUCCCGCCGCCUUUGCUUCGGUGACGGGGGCCGUGGCUGUGGCUUUCCUGGCCGCCUGGCUCGCCGCCGGCGGCUACGCGAGCUUGACGAAAAGGCGGCUGUGUUUCUUCGCCGUCAUCCUCGCCGUUGUCGCUCUUGUAGCUCCGAUCUACUUCAAGAGGCAGUGGCUCAGAUAUCGAAGAGAUCAGGCACUCUCCGAGGUUUCUUCCUUUGUCUCCGUCUCGCAAAGCCUCGAUAGCGCCACCGGGGCCGCCCUUUCUUUGAUUCAAGAAGUUGAGUUGGUGUCGCGCGGCUAUAGAUUGGGCCUAUACGCAGGCGACGACCGCCGUCAAGGGUUUUCCGAGCAAAUUGACCUUGAAAAGUACUUUGACAUCUACGAUAUAUCCGACUUCGACAUCUCGGACGCGAUGCGAGGCUAUGCCGAAGAUGAGUUCGACGACGACGAGUCCCUGCGUACGCUCAAGGUUCUCGCCGCGAGAUUCCACACCAUCCGGAAAAUGUUCCUCUGCGCGCUCUUGGCCCUUGAGGCGAACGCAGAUGGCAGAGACUUGAUGCGCUGGACCACCGCAGUCGAGGCACUCAUUACCCUUCGCCAAACAACGAGCGAGGCGUGUGAGCGCCUAACCUUCCCAACCCCACCAACCCCCAAGAUCCCGCUUACUCCCGGCCGCGAGCGCUGGAGAUCCCAGAUGAGGAAGCUCAACUCUUUAUCAACCGGCAUCCGCGGUCUCCAGGCCAAGCUCCAACUCCUCCGCGAGGAGUCCGACCGCGCCCUCGACGAAUCGACCGACAUCUCCGAACUCGGCCCGACCCUCAUGUCGCAGUACGACUCCAUCGGCGUCGACCUCAAGGAACUCACCCAGGCGUGGGAGGAGGGCAAGGCCGCCCUCGCUCUCGGCAUCGAUAGAAACGAGAAGCGCCUCUCGUCCUUGAGCACCCUCUUCUCGCCUUCCUCCUCCCUCAGCGGCCUCAGCACCGUCGAGGAGGGAACCGUCCAGGAUGCCCUCAAGAUCCUCAACGGCGAGGGCCGUCCCGCCUCCACCCUCUCCGAGGACUUUUCUAGCGACGCCGAGGUCCUGUUCGAGGCCGUCGCGCUACCCCGACCCCGAUCGCUACUGACGAGGGAGGAGCGCAUCGCUAAAAUGAGAGAGGAGCGGGACAGGAAGGAACAAGUCAAGGAGAAGGCUGACGCUACUCGCGGCAUGCUUCGCGAGCUGGAAAUGGUGAUCAAUCUUCGGCCUAGGCCACGAACCAUGCCCGCCGGUGGCCGCGUCGUCUCCAUGUGA